AUGGUGCCGAAGCUGCCGCUUCCUCCUGGGUUCUUCGUGUGCCCGCCGCUGUCCUCCACCGAGCGGGAACGGUACCUUCAAUGGGCUGACGACUUGGCAAUUGAUGUCAUCGAAGGUGCGCAACUUGUGAACGGUCCCGUCACGUGGAGGCUCCGAUCCGACGAGUCGGACCUCAGGAUCUUUCGAGGAUACAGCCCGGCGUCCCCACCCGGCGCGUACUUGUACAUGGGUGUGAUGGACGUGUUUGCCACGAUCGAAGAAGUGGUCGACCUGUUUCGGACCGACUCGCCAAUUCAAGCGAAACAGUAUGCCCAGCGCUUUGGCCAAGACCUUCUCGACAUGGCCAACCUGUAUUCCAUCGCGACGCCGUCUGAAGAAGACUCGAGGAUGGUCUCCGUGACGUGGCGGGCGUACAAAAAGCCUGUGCCGGGGGUCACCAUGAAGCGGGAUGCGUGUCUACUGGAGUGCCACCGCGACUUCGACGUGAAUGGCCGCCGCGGCCGCGUGUGCGCCAUCAAGUCGGUGCACAUUGCGGCGUGCCCCGACAUGGAAGCUGACUUUGGCCUGGUGCGCAUGACAAACUAUGGCAGUGGCCAUGUCUUCAUUGAGAGCGACCGACCGGGAUACCUCCACAUGUCGUACCUCCUGCACGGAAACGUCUCCCACGGCAGCCGCAUUGAGAACUUUGUCGGGAACGUGUUGAAGCGCAGGCAACAGCUCACGGACAAGGCCAUCACGCGGCGGUGCCGCAGCGUCACCAACAUUGACGUGUGGUUGCGAGAGAAUCGCGCCGCUCGGACGCCGUCGCUGCCUGAACACAUGUGGAUGCUGCCAUCGAUGCGUCAGUCGUGCUUUCACUGCCUCAAGGGGUUUGGCGCGUUUGGUCGCAAGGCGAAUUGUACAAAGUGCGGACAGGUCAGGCAUGUUUCACGGCGUUGUGCGAGUGGCGUCGACCGCACCGUGCCUGUGCAGACCCGUGCGAGAUGCCGUCGCGAUCGUCGUGCACGUUGUCGCAACUCUCGAUACCUGUUUGUGUAG